ACCAUCUGGGGAUCCGGAAACCGGCUCCACAAUGGAAGAGGACCAGGAGCUGGAGAGGAAAGCCAUAGAAGAACUGCUUAAGGAGGCAAAACGUGGAAAAACUAGAGCUGAAACAAUGGGACCCAUGGGUUGGAUAAAGUGUCCUCUUGCUGGUACCAAUAAAAGAUUUCUAAUUAACACAAUUAAAAACACAUUGCCCACUCAUAAAGAACAAGACCAUGAACGAAAAGAGGGCAAUAAGGAACCAGCGAAGAGCCAGCCCCAGAAAGAAGAAAACCCGAAGAAACACAGAAGCCAUCCUCACAAGCACAGAUUCCAUGCCCGAGGUUCUGUCAGUUACUCCCCACCACGGAAGUGGAGCAGCCAGGACAAGUACGAAAGACGGCCCAACUGGCAGUGAGGCCAAAGCCAGGGCCAGUCAGCCCUGCGGGCUCCGUGGUCCUUCAGGUGCGAUGUGCAGAGGCGUUAGCUGGCAGGGCAAACAUCUGAGAGUGACUUUUACAGUAGAUCCUUUGUUGUUCUUAAAGAGGCUGCUGGACAUUGGCAAAAAAUGAUCUAGCAACUCUUCCAGGAAACAAGGACAAAGGAGGAUGUCUUGGCAAGUUUAAGCUACUUCUGCAGUGUAGUAGAUAUGUAUUAUUGUUAGUCUAUCUUGUUUGGAAGCGCGUUUCAAAAUAUGUAUAGAAUUUAAAGUUUUCAGAAAUUGUUAAAACUAGUUCCAGUUUUUUGGUCAUUUCUCAAGGAAAAAAAACACUUAUAAAUCAUAUAUGUAAUUUUUUGGGGGUAUCAAAUUUAAAAUUUAGAAGUCAUCAGUCCAGUGACCAUAUUUAUGAAAAGCCGUAGCCCUCCAAGGUCUGGGAAUUUAUCAAGAAACUCUUUGAUAGCUCUGCAUUUGUUUCCCUUUAGGUGAACAAUGUAGGACAUCCUCAAAGUGGCUUUGAAUUUUAUGCUCCACUUCAGUUACCAGAGGUUAAACAAUGGGUUCUGUUGUUUUCUGUGCAUUCUCAAACUCAUUUAUUAGAACAAUUUUUCCGUAUUUAAUUUUUUUAAUAUAUAAGUUUUAAGUGGUGCUUUAAAAAGAUCCCUCACAAGUUAAAAAAAUUAAGUUAUUUCAGUGCAAGAUCUUACCAGCUAAAGACGUAACGAUACCACUAUUAGUGUAGUUGUUCCAGAAAUCUUCAUUUUAAAUAGAAGUGUUUACAGCAUCUUCUCCCCCACCCCCCAGUACUGGUUUUCAGUACCUGUUUUAAUAUACAAUUACAAACCUUUCAAACCUGUAUUCCUUCUU